CGUGUCAAAAGUGAAAAGUCGUUGAAAAAAAUGCUGCGUAUUUUUCAUCAAACGUGAUUCCCAAAUUUUUAAGAAGCGAAAAGAAAAAAUUUCACAAGUGUAAAGAAUUUUCAUUAAAAUUCAAUUAAAAAAGUGCAAAACACUAAACUACAAAUGAAAACAUCAAUUAUUACAUAAACCGCUAAGUGUAAAGUUAUAAAGUUUUAAUUUCACUCAAAAAGAAAAGUGAAGAAUUCGAUUUCAAUUUUUUGCGACUGAAAAGCAAAGAAAAAAAGAAAAAGAGUGGAACGAAAAAAUGGCAGGAAAGAAAAACUGCGUGCAGGAAAAAGUCCUGAGUUUUUCUUUUUUUUUGUUCCUCACCAUCACCAUCUUCAACUUCGUCGUCUUUCAAUUGAGUUUGUGAAAAUAAAAAGAAAAGUUAUAAGUAAAGAAAAACUUAAUUAAAGAAAGAACACACAUAAAUAAUUUAAAUAAUCCAACGACCAAGAAUUUUAAGAGGAUGCAAACACGCAAUUCUUUAUAAUAAUCCCGAAAAAAAGAAUAAGAGCAGACGAAAAAUAACCUACCAAAAGGAUUUGUGACUAAACGAAAAAGAAAAGACUGUAGAAACUGUUUAAAAAGAACUUCAGUGAUACCAAAAAAAACAUUACAUAUGUCCAAGUGCAUAAAUAAUGGACACCAUUCAUAAAUAACUGUAUCCAAAAUCUGAGUGUUCAUAAAGAAAUCAACAACAUUAAACAAAAGAAACAAAAUAAGUGAACAAUGCUCGAUCAAAGUCGCUGUUCGGUUGGCAGCCGCAAGACUUCGAUGUCUGACAGUCUCAAUGCAUCAUUGACGCUAGCCAAUGGCUAUUGCGGCACAACCGUUCCCGACUACCAGUGUCCAAUAUGUUUCCAAUCGAAACGCCAUCAGGAGAACAUCGACGGGAUAAUGUUUGAGAAGCAACAAUGGCGCAUCCGUGAGCGAAUGAAAACGGCAAGUGUUGCUCUGGUACUCUGCCUUAACAUCGGAGUCGAUCCGCCGGAUGUUGUCAAAAUUCAACCCUGCUCACGCCUCGAAUGCUGGAUAGAUCCGUCUUCUGUGUCGGCUCCCAAGGCAAUGGAAUUAAUUGGAUCGAAUUUGCAGAAGCAGUACGAACGUUGGCAACCACGAGCCCGCUAUAAAAAGUGUCACGACCCCACCGUGGAAGAUGUGAAGAAACUCUGCACCAGUUUGCGUCGCAACGCCAAAGAAGAGCGCGUACUCUUCCACUACAAUGGUCAUGGUGUCCCGAAGCCGACGGCCAACGGAGAGAUCUGGGUAUUCAACAAGACCUUCACCCAAUACAUCCCGCUGUCGAUAUUCGAUUUGCAGGCUUGGAUGGGAGCUCCCUCGAUCUACGUCUAUGACUGCUCGAACGCUGGGAUCAUCAUAAACUCGUUCAAUCAGUUCGCCGAGCAGCACGAAAAGGAAAUGGAGAAAGUGAUGCAGACAAUUGGGCCAAGUGCACUGCCAGUGGUCACGUACAAGAAGUGCAUUCAUCUGGCAGCGUGCUCAGCGAACCAGAUCCUGCCCAUGAACUCCCAGCUACCGGCCGACUUGUUCACAUCCUGCCUCACAACGCCCAUCAAAAUCGCUCUCAAAUGGUACUCAAUGCAGGGGAAGUUCGAUCUGGUGCCGAAGAUGCACAGCGAUCUGAUCGACAAGAUCCCCGGACAGGUGAACGACCGCCGGACCAUGCUGGGUGAGCUGAAUUGGAUCUUCACUGCGAUCACGGACACGAUUGCCUGGAACACGCUGCCCAGAGAUCUGUUUCAGAAACUCUUCCGACAGGAUUUGCUGGUGGCCAGCUUGUUCAGGAACUUUCUGCUCGCCGAACGGAUCCUCCGAUCACACGACUGUACGCCUGUUUCUAGCCCUGCGCUGCCACCGUGCUUCCGACACCCCAUGUGGGAUGCAUGGGACCUGGUUGUGGACCUGGCGCUUCAACAACUGCCUGACAUUCUGGAGAAGGGUGCUCCCUACAAGCAACUCCCAUUCUUCGAAGAACAACUGACUGCAUUUCAGGUCUGGCUAGACCGCGAAUCCGAGUCGAGAGUGCCGCCCGAGCAAUUGCCAAUCGUGCUGCAAGUCCUCCUCUCACAGGUACAUCGUUUGCGAGCGUUGGAUCUGCUGGCUCGCUUCCUGGAUCUGGGCCCGUGGGCCGUAAAUCUUGCCCUGGGCGUUGGGAUUUUCCCUUACGUACUUAAAUUGCUGCAAAGCUCCGCAAAGGAACUGAGACCAGUAUUGGUGUUCAUAUGGACGAAGAUUCUAGCCGUGGACUCUUCGUGUCAAGUGGAUCUGGUUAAGGAUCACAAGUACUUCCUCUCUGUUCUGCAGGACACCACUGUCACAAAGGAAAUACGAACUCUGGCCGCAUUCGUGCUCUCUAGCAUCGUGAAGAACUUCCUGCUGGGCCAAACGGGCGCGCUGCAAGGCUCACUUGUGUCCAUCUGCUUGGUGCAGCUGAACGAUGACGAUUGGCUGCUCCGCCAAUGGCUGGCGAUAUGUUUGGGACAGUUGUGGCAGAACUUCGACAAAGCGCGAUGGUCGGGUGUCCGCGAUUUGGCCCACGAAAAGCUCUACCACCUGCUGCAGGACCCCGUGCCGGAAGUGCGUGCAGCUGCAGUCUUUGCCCUUGGCACGUUCAUCAGUUCAGUGACCGAUCGUUCGGAAGAGCACGCCAACAACAUUGACAGAAUCAUAGCGAUUACCCUGCUUGAUAAGGUGGCAGACGAUAUGUCACCUCUGGUGCGCUUGGAGCUGGUGGCCGCUCUGCAAUGGAUGGUCAUCCUUUUCGAGUCGCAAUUUGUCACGGUCUAUCUGCAAGAGUUCCUUCCUAAUUCGGCCGCUCCUGCCAUCAUUUCUCACAGUCCGACAGCACACCCGCAUCAUCACACCACGCAUAGCUUGGAGCGCAACAUCAACAUGAAACGUGGCUAUAGCUCCAGCUGUAUCUCGAAUAUGGCCUGUGCUCCAUCGAGUAUCCCCUUCCAUGCAAUCUUCCUCAAGCUCUGGCAAGGCAUCCAUAAUCUUAGUCAAGAUCCCUUCCCAAAGGUCGCGGAGGCUGCCCAAAAGGUGAUCAACUCUGUGAGGGACUCGGCCCUGUCUCUAAUCACAGCGAAAGAGGCGACCACAGAAAAAUGCAUCAGCUUGAGUGUAAGUCUGCCGCCGAGUCCCAACACUCGGACGAAUUUCUUGGGAGAAUCACCGCCCGUUGGGCUGAAUCACUCCGAGGUGAAGUCGAGUGCGGUCGGGAGUAAACUGAGUGUUCUGGCGAGUGGGGUGACUUCAAAGCUCCGUGGGUCUAUGUUUCCAGACCUCGACUAUCUGGACAGGAAGAUCCGUACGACUUCUAUGAAUGACGAGGUGGACAGCGGUUCGGGCCCCUCCACUGCUCCCGUCACGGAUAAUCAUCUGCCUGCAGGACUACGAAACAUGAAGCCUAUCGUCACCACAGCCUUCCUGCCAUGGGCUGUGAGCUACUUCACUCGUCCCGGAAAGAACCGCUACACGAAUCCAGUCAGUGAAGAACAACUUACAAUGCCCGCUGAUAAGAACUCCCCCGAAUACCGAGGUCGUGAGUGGCGGUUUAAGAGAAACUCAAGCGUGCGGCAGAUGGCCCUCGACCAGGAAGCAUUCGCGGUAUCCCACAAAAUCGACAUCCAGAACUGGAUGGGAAAGACGCAGUUCACCCCAUCCAUCGUGAAGCUUUUGCCAUAUGAACCGCAGAUAGCGGUGGCGUACAAGGAGAAGGUUUCUGUGUACGAUUGGAGUCGGUUCUCCGUCUGUUCCUACACGCCGAUGAGCUGUAGCCCCAAUCAGAGCGGCAAGAAGACCACCAGUGCGAACAGCUCUCAAACCACAUCGGCGGCGCAGGUGGGGGCUUCGGCGACAACUCGCGUGGGUGCCAUUGAGUUCGUGAACGCCCACGACGUGGCGAUGAUGUUAGUCGGCCACGACGACGGCAUAGUCAGAGUGUGGCAGGAGCCAUCAAUAGAAUCGAGGGAGUCUAGUCGCUUGGUAACAGCUUGGGACGCCUUGCCACUGCGUGUCUCGAAGAAGGAAAUGACCGGAAUCGUGAUGUCGUGGCAGCAAGUCACUCAACAGUUGGUGGUGGGUGGCUCGACCCGCUACCUUCGCAUUUGGGACGCCGAAAAGGAGCUUAAAGUUUGUGAUAUACCCGUCGGGGCUGAGACGAUAGUGAAAGCGCUUUCCGCAGCGCCGCCAGAUCCGACGCGGAUGGACCUGCUGGCGGCUGGCUGCAGUGACGGUAGCGUGCGGAUCUUCGAUCGACGCUGUUCGCCCAACGAUGCCAGGGUGCGAGUCUAUCGGGAGCAUGCCGGUGCCAUAUUGACCACCUAUCUGAGGGACGAUCAGACCACACUCAUCUCGGGAUGUUCACAGGGCCGGGUGAACGUUUUCGACAUGCGAGGCCGCACCACUCUGCACCAGUGGGAGGUUGGCUGUGAUGUUCUAACCAUAGCUAUCCAUCCCGGUGUAGAUUUGGUGGCGUGCGGAAGUAGUCAGAAAAUCGCGAUCUACCGGCAGUGUGGCCGGACGCAAACGGUGCUGCGAAGCCAUGAAAGUGGCUUCAUGGGACCGCGAGUUGGACUGCCAUCGUGUUUGUCCUUCCACUCGCAUAAAGUAAAUUUGGCUGUUGGAUUUACGGACAACACGGUGGCCGUUUAUGGAUCACCGGUUCUUCCAGUUUUAUAAACUUUGCAAACGCUGGAAGUCCGAUGUCGACAAAAAUCCCGAUGCAUUGGAUUAUGUUAAAAAAUUUGCUAGCGGACCUGAAAUGCGCGAUGUUGUUCGUCAUAUUAAACACCGAACCCAGCUUGAUGAUA